AAUUGAACGCAUGUUUGUAUAUGUCAAAAAUACGUGUUUGUUUUCGUGCUUCACGAAUUUCACGAUUCUGAAAAGAUUCGAAAAAUGGUCUUCUUGGCGAUUAUUCGCCUUAAUUAGUAAUUAAUAAGUCUUUAAUUUAGUGAAUAAAUAUUAGAGAAUAAACGCACUAAACCAAACUAUGUCAGAUAAAGAAGAUUCUACCAAAAAUUUUGAUAAAAAGGUGCUAGAUGACGAAGCAUUAGAAAAACUGGCUGUUGAAGAGUUAAUGCGGGAAGCUGUCCAAGGCGCCGCCAGAGCCGAAUUAGUGGGUCCCUCCGGCUGGAUUAAAGCUCCACAACAAAAAACCAAUAAACGCUUCCUCGUCAACACGCUGCGGAAUGCAGUGAGCUCCAACAAAUACCAUCAUUCCAAAACCUACAAACGUUCUCUUAGCAAAUCACCAAAGCGUGAAUCUUACCCUAAACCCACCAUUAAAAAGGACAAAUCGAAGAAAAAGCACUAA